GGUUUCAAAACCACGUGUAUUUUGUUUUGUGUAGUACAUAACCUGUGUUCGGUACGUUGUGGUAGGACUUAGUUGUCAAUAACUUAUAUAUUUAUUUCAUUUUAUUUAUCGUUUAAAAAUGACUUUAAACGAGGAAUACUUUCCUAGAGGAGGAUCUGGUUUCAACAAACCACUAGUAAAAAAGAGGACUUUUGCUUUUGACAACAAAAAUAUUGUGACACCUAUGAAAAAAAAGUUAGGUAGAAGAGAAAGAAAAAAGAAAGCAAGAGCAGUUUUUGAAUUUGAAAAUCAAGAUGAAGACAAAGUCAGAUUUGCAAGGAUUGAGCCCCUGGUUUAUAAUGCUCUUUCUGAAGGAACAUUAGCAUUUUGUAGUGUGAGGGAUAUUUGUAACAAUUAUGUUGACAUUUGUAUGCCUGGUAGACUGUCAGCACGUUUAUAUGUUGAAAAUGUAUCUGAACCAUUUAAUGAAGUUACCAAAAAACAAGCUGGUAGUAAAAAUGUUUUAUCCCUUAAAGAUAUCUUUCAUAUUGGACAGCAUCUAACUUGUUCAGUGCUCAGUGUGAAAAAUGCAGGCCAUUAUCUAGUUCGUGUAAGCACUGACCCUAAACUUGUGAAUGGUCACAUGUCUUUUGAUAAUGUUGGUGUUGGAAGCCUGAUACAAAUGGCUGUAUUGAGUAAUGAAGACCAUGGUUACACGAUGUACUCUGGGAUCAAUGGCCUCAUAAGCUUUUUACCAAAUGAAAAUGCUAAAUCUUUUAUUAAUAGUGUUAGAAAAUUUAAGCCCUUGGAUAUUGGACAGAUAUUAUGGUGCCUUGUCACAAAAUCUAAACUUACAGAAGGAUCUAACACUGUACAUGUGACAAUUGAUUUAGAACAAGUUCAAAAUAAUAAAAUUGAAAACGAUAUUAUUAUAGAGAAACUUAAUCCUGGAGUAAGAGUUGAAGUUACUAUCAACAAGGUGGUGUCAGAAAAUUUAAUGGUAACUGUCAAUAAUAGUGACAUAAAUGGUUACAUUGAACCAUCUCAGCUAAGUUCAAUGUGGUCCAAACCUGAAGAUUAUAAAGUUGGUUCAAAGCAUACUGCAACCGUCCUCUACAAAUUUCCAUACCCAAGAGUUGUUGCUCUCACUCUUAAAUCAACUCCAGCAACUAUUUCUAAAGAGGAGAUUGAGCAUGGUACAAUAUUUCAAAGAGCUGAGAUAAUGAGAAUCUUAAAGCGAGGUGUUGCCUUGAAAUUAGAACAUAACAAUAAUAUCUAUAAAGGGAUUGUGUCUGUUAGACGUUUAGGUCCUAAUAUAAACUAUGAAAAGCUUUCAGCAAUAUUUCCACUAGGCAAUCAUAUCAAGUGCAGAGUAAUUGGCUACGAUGCACUGGAACAAGUUUAUUCUUGUACUACUGAAGAUAAUAUUCUGGUCGAGAAAUAUCUCUCUCCUAAUGAUCUUAAACUUGGUGAAAUUGUUGAAGUAACAAUACAGUCCAUGAAAAAGGGAGGAUUGGAAGUAUCUGUAGGAGAAGUGAAAGGGUUUGUACCUCGUCACCACAUUUCUGAUGUUCUUCUUCAUAAUCCAUUUGAUAAAAUCAAACUGCAUUCAAAACAAAAAGCAAAGGUUCUUAGACUUGAAAAUAACAAUGUUGUCUUUACAUUAAGACCUACAUUGGUGAAAACAAAGUCUCUUUCAAGUUUUAGAGACCUAAAUGUAGGUGAUUGUUAUUUUGGAACUGUCAAGAAAAUUCAACCUGAUUCGAUUACUGUUUCAUUUUUUGGAGAUCUUUUUAUACACAUUAAUGAAACUAAUCUCUUACAAUCACCUGACAAACAUACUGUGGGAGAAUUGGUGAAAUGUUAUGUUAUAGAAGUUGCUUCAAACAAUAAAUUACCUGUUUUCAGUCUUUUAAAAUCAGUUCAGCGAAUGGAUGUAACUGUUGGUAACAAAUAUGAUGUUAGAGUCAAACAGAUCUCGAAAAGUGGUGUUAAAUGUCUUUUCAUAGUUAAAGAUAAACCAUUAAAUGGGUUUAUUCCUCUUCCGCACAUGUCUGACCAUAAAGAGCUAUGUGAAAUAGUAAUGAAGCAAUAUCCUUACUAUUCUGUUAUAAAAAAUGCGAUAUUGUUCAGUGUUUCUGACAACAGUUGUACAUUUACACUUAGAAAGUCUGUUAGAAAUUUUUUUGAGAAACAUGCCUAUGUAUCUGGUGGAUUCAAUAAGUUGAAAGAAAACAUGAUCAUUCCAGCAUCAGUGUCUGAAAUUUCCUCUGAGAGAAUCUUAGUUUGUGUUCCUGUACCUGGUUUUAAUGGAAAAGUUCCUAUCGAGAAAGAGGAUUUACCUCAAGACCCAUAUGAAUAUGAUUUGAACCAGGGACUUUUAGUUAAAAUAACACAUUUAAAUCCUGCUGUUGUUGAAAUGAAGCUGACUUGUAAAUUGUCUGAUAAGGAAAAGAUUGAGUUGUCAAUAUCAAAUGUGGAAAACUUGCUCAGAACUGUUGAACCCCUACAAUGUGUUAAAAUGGGAACUGAGCUAGAAUGUACUGUUCGUGAAGUGGCUAGAAAUUAUGUUAAAGUUGACACUGAAUUCAAUAUUCCUGGAAUAAUUAGAAGUCAGUCUCUAAAGACAUUGUCACUAAAAAAAGAUCAAAAAGUGAAGGCACAUGUUCUUUAUCAUGACAUUGUCAGGAGUAUAAUAUACUUAACCAUCUUCGAAAAUGCUACCAAAAUGAGUGGAACACUUCAAACUCACUUAAUUAAUAGUCAAAUUCCUGGCAAUUUGCUUUUUGGCAACUCAGUUUUUCUAAUUUUAAUGGUCCAGUGCUCUAAGGGUGGGCAAAUAGCUUUUGUUCCUACUAAAGAGGACCCCAAUAUUUCAAAAUACAUUAUUUUAGAUGAACUGAAGUCUUAUAGCUCAUGCAAAGUAACAUUAAGAUCAGCUCGAACUUCAGAAAAAAUCAACUAUUGGAUUGGGGUUGCUGAUUCCUUUAAAAAAAAGAAAAUUCCAGUUGAAGGUACAGAUACUUCCUCUGCUUCCAAAAUGAAAAUAGCUAAAACUGAUGCCGAUUUUGAUAACCUAGAAUGUGAGGGUAAAGAGAACCAAGAAGAAAAAUUGAAAAAUAAAAAAAGGAAAAGCACAUCUUCCACUGAUGAAAUUAAUGAGAAUUCUGCAAAAAAAACUAAGAUUAUGGCCAAUUCUAUUCAAAUAAAAACAAAUAAGAUAAAUAAAACAGUUAAAAAGAACGCCCAAGACUUGAUUAUGAUUGAUGCAGAUGAAACAGAAGAUGCAAUUUUGAAACUGGAAGAUGCUGGUUUUAACUGGGAUGCUACUCCAGCUGAUUUAGCUAAAGUGAUUUCAGGAAAUGUUGAAGACGAUGAACUUUCAGAGGAUUCUGAUGAGGAAAAAGUUCCAACAAAGAAAAUGACUCCUGCUGAGAAAAGAGCCGCUGCUUUAGAAGCUGAAAAAAAGAUUAUGCUCAAAGAAGAAGAAUUGCUGCAGGCAGAUGAGAACCCUCAGACACCUGAACAUUAUGAGAGAUUACUUCUUAGUGAUCCCAACAAUGUUAAGUUAUGGAUGAUGUAUAUAGCUCACCAGAUAGAAGCAACUGAAAUAGACAAGGCACGCGUUAUUGCUAAGAGAGCCUUGAAGGAGGUCCAGUUGGAAGAACAAAGGCGAAAAAUAUGGAUAGCCUUAUUAAAUAUUGAGUAUUCAUAUGGCACACCUGAACAGUUCAAAGAAUGUUUAGCUGAAGCACUCAAAGUAAAUGACGAAUAUGAAAUUUAUGGAAAAGUUCUGGAUUUGUAUUCAGAAAAGAAAAAUAAUACGGAGUUGGAAAAGCUUACGUAUAUGCUUACCAAGAAAUAUAAGGAAAACACUGAUUGCUGGUUAAAAUGUCAGUCAGUACUGAUGGAAAACGAAAUGUACGACAAAGCAAGACAUUACUUACAGAGGUCAUUAAAGGCACUUCCACCAAAAACCCAUUGUAAUUUAAUAUCCAGGUUUGCACUGAUUGAGAAUCAGUAUGGAUUUCCCGAACAGUCUCAAGCUUUAUUUGAAACCCUUCUCACUUCUUACCCUAAAAGGGUUGAUCUUUGGUUUGUUUAUGUUGAUAUGCUGGUCAAAUCUGACUUAACAGAUGUAGCAAGGAACGUUUUAGAACGUGCGACCAACCAUAAGUUACCUAUCAGGAAAUUGAAGGCACUUUAUCAAAAAUGGCUCAAGUUGGAAGAAAGUUAUGGAACUCCGGAAAGUGUUCAACAAGUGAAGGAUGCUGCUAAUAAUUACGUAAAUAACCUUGUGGAUAAUUUAAAGCAGCCUUCAUAAAAUAAGUUAUCUACUACGUAUUUUUUGUACCUUAUGUAAUGUAUAUAUUGUAAAUACGUAUUAUAUUAAAACUUUUAAUUUUAAAAUUAUUUGUUAUAAUAAAAUAUAAAAUAAAACAAAAUCAAGAAUGUAUAAUAAUUGAAUUAAAUGUGUCUUGUAUUGAA